AUGGAAGAAACGUUUUGGUUACCCGAAAACAUUGUACAAAACUUAAAACAUGAUUUAAUUUGUUCUUACCUAUCCAAAAAUCAUAUAUCUGAAUCUUUAUCAAUUAUACCUGCAAGGGAAAAAAACAUAGAUCUCUUAUUUAUUUCCCCACCGCAAGCUUCUUUAAUAGAAAGUUGGAUUAAUUGCACCACUAUCGACCAUAUAUCAUUAACCAUUUCAACCACAAAAUUACAAUAUCGAUGGAAUCUAUUAUACCAAGGAUCAAGAGACGGUUUUUCGCCCGUAGUUUUCCAUGAAAAAUGUGACAAUCAAGGACGUUGUGUUGUGAUAACAAAAAUUCGUAAUUCUACCACCAUAAUAGGUGGCUAUAAUCCCAUCGGAUGGUACAGUAGUUAUGGAUAUUACGAGGAGACACAAGAUAGUUUUAUUUGCUUAUUCAAGAAUUUUUACGAUCUGAAAAAUUAUAAACUGAGUAGAGUCAUAUCACCUGAAAAUGCUAUCUUUCAACAAAACGAAUUUGGUCCUGAUUUUGGUGAACCGGACUUUUUAUUGUUCGGUGAAAAUAAUGAAACUUAUUGUACAACGGGUUGUGCAUAUGAAGAAGCAAUUGAUCUGGGACAUUUUGAAGUUGAUGAUUAUGUUGUUUAUCAAAUUGUUAGUAAUAAUGAAGAACUAGUCGAAGAAGAGAAGAAUAAUAAUAUUAAAUAA